GAAGAAGAAGAAUUUAACGGUUCCCGGUUGUUGAACCGCUCUAGUGUCCGCUCUCCACAGUGCUGGUGUUUCACAAACUGUUUUUGAACUGGGGUGUAUGGCAUCAAUGACGCUGCUUCAUUUAACUUAACCGAGCUAUGUCGCCGCAAUGUUUUCCCAACGAGCAGCUCUGUCGUUGACAACUUAAACCCCAUUAAAGGAGCAUCGCUGCACCCAAAGAGCCAGAGCGAUGGAGGAGCGCUCUGAGGUGACGGAGGAUAUUGUGUUUCGUGGAGUGGAGUUUGCGGUGAAGAUAGAGGUGGAGAAGGGUUUGCUGAUAGUGGAAGUCUGCGACUCUAUGACAGCGGAUCAGUGGAGGGGGGAAUUCGAUCCAGCAUACAUUGAGGAUCUCACCCGCAAAACUGGCAACUUCAAGCAGUUUCCAAUUUUCUGUAGCAUGUUGGAAUCAGCUGUUAGAAAGACGAGUGAUUCUGUUACGCUUGACCUCCUGACCUAUGCCGACCUGGAGCUGCUUCGUAACAGAAAGGCCGGAGUGGUUAGUCGUCCUCGCGGCCAUCAGCAGUCGUCUGCUCUCACUGCCAAAAGAUAUCUAAUCCUCAUCUACACCGUGGAGUUUGACAGGAUACACUACCCCCUGCCCCUGCCCUAUGUGGGUAAGCCUGACCCGGCUGUCCUGCAGAAGGAAAUCAGAGCCCUGAGGGCUGAGCUCAGCGCUCUCACCUCUCAUGGAGUUAAUAAAUCUGCAGAACUAGAAAUACACCGGCUACGAGCAGAGCUGGCUCUGGUGAAAGAGGAGAAAGAGGCAAUCGCCAAGGUUCUGGAGCGACUGCAGGUCAGCGGAAGUGGUUCCACGCCUGCACGAGAGGACUGGCGGGGCAGAGAUGUGGUGAGGACGCUGGAGGAGCAGCUUGUCAAGGAGAGGGCCAAAAGCCAACGCUCGGCAAGCAAGAGAUGCCAGGAGCAACGAAUCCUAUUGGAGCAGUUGGAGGAGUUGAGGUCAUCAGAGUGCGCUCUCCGUGUCCGUGUCAAGAGUCUCACCAACGAACUGGCGAUACUACGGAGAGGGUUAGACAAUCUAAGCGUCAGAGUGACGCCUGUUUCCGGUCACACCAGCUCUCGAGUUGACGGGGAAAUCUAUCGCUCUCUCUCACGCGAGAGGAGGUCCGGGUACGGGACCGUCAGGGCUCGCUCAGGAUCCAGAGAACGGAUGGAACAAAGGUCAGAGGAUAGAGGAAGAAGAGCGGACUCCUCGGGACCUCGCGCUCGGAUACCAAGGGCGUCACCUUCUCCCACUGGGUCACGGGCAACACGCUUUGACCCGACCGCCUACAUCCAGGACAGACAGCGCAGGCUGAAGGAAGCAGAGCUCAAAAAACAGAGGAAAGUGCGGAGGGACAUGCUGACGUCACCCAUUGUCCCUGAGAGAGGGCGCUCACGUUCCAGAGAGGCCUAUCCUCACAUGACUCGAUCUGGCAGCAGAGGCAGGAGUUUAUCUCUGGAGCGGAGAGGCAGCAGGAACUCAUCCGAAAGCUCGUUAGUAGAUAUGGACGAAAUGGCCAAAACUCUGUUCAGAGGAAGAAAACAGACUUUCAAUGGUCCCAGUGUGUCCAGAGGAGGCCUUUUGAGCAGGAAGCCAUUAUGCAGCACUCCAACACGCAGAAUGAAGGAUAAAGAGAGCUCCAUGGAUACGGGCGCUGAGCUGUCGGAGAUAGAUGCCAGGCUACAGGCUCUUCAGGAAUACAUGAGGGACCUGGAUACAGGACACUAACGAUGACCUGCUGCUCACACCACACGUGGAUAUGCUCCCUAAUGACUGCGCAGCUUUUUUUUUUUUUUUUUUGCUUUUUUUUUACUGUGCACCCACUGAAGGAACAUCAACAUCAAACAUGAGCGAUGGGUUAACCAGUGUGGACAUGUGUUCAUGUAAGAGACUAAAACUCCCUCUGGACAAUCAGACUCCCAGGUUUUCAGGAACUAUUGCCAUCACUGUGAAGGUCAUUGGACGACCUUUUGUGAACUGAAAUGAUUAUUUUUUAAUAUAAUAUGUUUUUAUUAACUUAAAAGAUUAUUGUGUCUAAAUGUGGUGUUAUUUCCUUUCUUUUUUUCACCUCACCAACCCAAACAAGUGGAUACAUGGGUGUAAAAUUUGUCCGUACUGAGUAUUUCCUUUUUUUUUUUAAACUUUUUUAAUAAGUAACAGUGUGGGUUGCGUUCUUUCACAGGGCUUAAAGAUCAAUUGUUGGUCAUUUAAAAGCACAACAUAUCUGUUGUAUGUCACAUCUUCAUUUCUGGACACAUUUAAGUACUUAAACUAAAAUACCCACAGGGUGAAUGUGAUUGUGUGAUAGUAAAUAAACCUUGUGAUGGACUGUUGUCUCUUCCACCCGCGGUGUGCUGGGAUUGACUUCAGCUCCUGAACUGUGAAAUGUGAUUUAUAAGUAGAGGAAAUGACUGACUGCAUGCUUGUCACCACAGGAUUUGAUGGUUUAAUGUCAUUCUAGCUGAAGCCUUUUUUUCCAUCUGUAUGUUUUAAUGUUUGUUCUCUUUCCUGCUCGACUUCAGACUCAGCAUUACCAGUGCUUUUUAAGCAUUAUAGUUGUUCUAGUUGAUCCACCUUGUGCAUUAAAAUUCAGCAUUUUCUACUCUUUUAAUGGACCUAAUUCCAUUUGAAGUUAUAUCCCAAACUCAAACUGUGAAAGAUAUUUAAUCUUUGACAAAAAUGCUAUUAAUCAGCAUUUGAGAAAGGAAAUAAGACAUAAUGAAGGAUGAACUAUGGUCAACAAAGCUGGAGUUGUUUUAGACAGACUAUGGAUUUUAUACACUUUCAUGGUGAUGAGUGUAAGCAUGGAUAUACUGACACUAUGUACGCCAGCACCUUUUUUCAUUUGAUGAAAUUGCCAAAUUUUAUGCAUGAAACUGCUGUACAUGUAUGUGCACAAAGACUGUAACUCCCAUUUUUACCUUGUUUUAUACACCCUAAAAUAUAAUUUAUAAGAAAUGUU